AUGAUGCGUGCCGCUGGAGCCUACGAUGACUGGAUGUGUGAUCGCUAUGCCGAACAUAUGGAAAGAGAAGAGAAGGAGGCCAAGGCCUUGGACAAUCGAAACUUUGCCAUGGGCUCGAACAUCAUCUGGAAAAGCAUCCAGAUGAAUCGGAACAUGGAAUCGUUCCUUCGCAAUGAACGUGGUGUACCCCAGGAAGUGUUUGACUGGUUGGCGGAUGGUUUCGGUGGUCUCACGUCACGUCAUUUCUUCAACAUUUGGCUCAAGGCCCAAAUAUGUUUGGUUAAGAGGAGGUACACCGAUGAAAAUGAGCCCAUGUUCAUUGGCCCCCAGAAUGUGGCAUUUACCAACAAGGACGUCAUUUUUGUGAUGUUCAACAAAAUCAUUAGCAACCGGCCACUGAUGGUGGACUUCUGCGCUGCGAACCAUGCCUGUGGCGGUUGUUGGAGGUUCUGGCCCUUGGUCCAUCGGUUCAUGAGUUGCUUCGGUGUUCAACCUCUGGGCCAAGGUGACUGGUUGACUUUCAAGGAAUACAAGGCCCAUUACGCGGAACAGAUUGCCAAUUCGCCUCCAUCGCCUUAUGAAUUGGAAGGAACACCGGAGUACGUGGCCGGUGAAGAGGAUGGCGCCCAGGAUGCAGUACAGGCUAUCGACGAGGGCGAGAUUGCCAUGGCGUAUGCAGAGGAAGCUGUCCAAAACGCCGACAAUGAUGGUGGCAACUCGAAUGGUGGUCGUGGAAAUGCCAAUGACGCCGUUGUAGUGGAGCCGAAUGGCAAUGACGCCACCAACAUCUAA